AUGGGAAACGCCUGCUCCGAUGGUUGCUUCGGCAUGCUUGGCAGCAAGAAGGUCUCGCAGUUGCGUGCCUGCAAACAGGACCUCAAGAAGUUCAUCGACGGCAAAAACUGUCAUCCGAUCAUGGUUCGCUUGGCGUGGCAUGACUCUGGUACCUAUGAUCAGCGCAUCAAGAACUUCCCGGAGAGGGGCGGCGCCAACGGUGCAAUCAGGUUUGCAGGAGAGAUGAACUUCGGUGCGAAUGCCGGCCUCGACAAAGCCAAAGGGUUUCUCGACGAGUUCGCGAAGAAGUAUCCCGAAAUUUCCUGGGCUGACCUCAUCCAGUUGGCAUCCGCCGUUGCCAUUGAAUGUGCCGGUGGCCCUGCCAUUGACAUGAAGUACGGCCGAGUGGCAGUCACCUCCGACAGCGAGUGUGUGAAGUCAGGGUCCAGGGAGGGCUUCUCGGGGAACGCGGGGCUUCCCGAUGCCAAGCCUCCCUUCGGUUGCGGGGCACCGACGGCAGCACAGCAUCUUCGGAAUGUUUUCACCAAGAAGAUGGGCUUCACAGAUCAGGAGAUCGUCGCACUCUCUGGUGCCCACACCAUCGGCCGCGCCUUCAAGGAGCGCAGCGGCGCCUGCCCUUUCGGCUAUGGUGAGCAGGGGGCAUCGAAGUACACCAAGUCCGAUUGCUUAGCACGGAAGGAUGGCCAGAAAGGUGUUGGAAUGGUUGGCGGUGCGGCUUGGACGAAGAACUGGCUGACCUUCGACAACAGUUACUUCAAAGACUACAAGCUGGCCUCCGAGGAUGAGAACCUCCUGUGGUUCCCAACCGAUGAGGCUCUUCACACGGACCCGGAGUUCAAGAAGUACUUCGACAUCUAUGCGAAGGAUCAGGACGCCUUCUUCAAGGACUAUGCGAAGGCCCACAAAAAGUUGAGUGAGCUCGGGGCCAAGUUUGAGCCGGAGCAAGGCAUUAAGAUUUGA